CGAGCGCUUCGAUGUUUAUUUCUUCGAUGUUUCCGAAAUCUAAGUUUCUUCCAUUACUGGUAUUGAAGGGAAUAUCGCCUUUUCAACAUACAUCUUUCAUUUUAAUUACUACACGGCCUUCAAUGUUUCUCUAGACACGAGAAGUGUCGCCUACAAAGCGCCAGACAGUGACGUCAUAAGGGCUGCGCCUCGCUUUUUCAGGCUGCUGUGCUACGGCUGGGGAAAGCCAUUUUAACGUGACGAAGGCACGUUUCCAAACAAGAAAGGAACAACUGAAAUCUGUGUUCCAUACGACUGUAAAGAUGGAAAGUGAAGAAUAAAAAUACCGUGGAACAAAAAAGACCAGAUGGAAGCAAAAGACGAAAGUCAAGAACUGACCAAAUCGGAGGGGGAAAGCCAAGAACAGAAUGAAGUGGAGGAUGAAAGUCAAGAACGGAACGAAGUGGAGGAGGAAAAACAAGAACUGAAUGAAUCGGAGGAGGAACAUCAGGACCCCCAUAAUGUGACAACUGGAGAAAAAUCCUUCAGUUGCUCAGAGACUGAAAAGAAUUUCUCACAGAAAAGAGCAGAAUCCAAAAAUUUCCCCUGUCCUCAGUGUGAAAAGAGUUUUGCACGUAUAGGACACUUUAUGACUCACAUGAAAAUUCACACAGGAGAGAGGCCUUACAUAUGCCCUCAAUGUGGAAAGAGUUUCACAUGUAAAGGAGGUCUUAAAGAACACUUCAGAAUUCAUACUGGUGAGAGGCCUUUUAAUUGCUCUCAGUGUGAUAAGAGUUUUACAAAUUCAGGAGGCCUAAGAAGGCACGUUAGAACUCACACUGGUGAGAGGCCUUUCACCUGCCCUCAGUGUGAAAAGUGUUUUCCAAAUUUAACAGAACUUAAGAGGCACAUAAAAAGUCACUCUGUAGACAGACCUUUUUCAUGCCCUCAGUGUGGAAAGUGUUUCAAACAAAAAUGUGUUCUUAAGGAACAUGCAAAAAUUCAUACUGGAGAGAGGCCUUUUGCAUGUAUGUUGUGUGGAAAGAGUUUUGCACAUCACAGCACCUUAAAAUGCCAUAUGAAAACUCAUUCUGGAGAGAAAUCUCACGAAUGUCCUCAGUGUGGCAGGAGAUUUGCAGAGGCAAACAAUCUAAAAAAUCAUGUGCUCGCUCACUCUGGAGAAAGGCCGUUUCACUGUGAUCAGUGUGGUAAAAAUUUUCUUUUGGCAAUACAACUAAGGACACACAUGAGGAUUCAUACAAAUGAGAAACCUUACUUGUGUUCUUUUUGUGGAAAGAGUUUUGUAUGGUUGAAUGGUUUAAAAGACCAUCAGAAAACACAUAUUGAUGAGAAAGACUAUGAGUGUUCUGAGUGUGGGAAAGCCUUUAAGAGAUCUGCUGAAUUGAAAGUGCACGAAAGAAUCCACACUGGAGAAAAACCUUACAAAUGUUUAUACUGCGAAAAGAGUUUUGCCCAAUCUUCAGGCCUUACAGUGCAUGAAAGAGUUCAUACUGGAGAGAAGCCAUAUCGCUGCCCUUUAUGUGGGAAGACUUUCAGUCGUUGUGGGAGUCUUGGGAAGCAUUUAAAAAAGGCUUGCCGAAAGUUGUCAAAGUGAGCAAAGCGGCCUUCAAAUUCAUCAGUUCUUGCAAAAGAGCAAUUCUGUAAGGUAAGGAAAGGAAAUUUAAGGGAGGUUGAAGCAUUAGUUCCACUGAAAUUCCACAAAUGUAAUCAGUUAUGCAGCCCUGAUGAAAAUGUUUAAAGAAAAUAUGUAAUUUCAGUAAUUUCUUAAAAAUAAAAUACAAUAAAAAUCAAGUUAGGAUGUGUGCUAGUUUAUGGUACAUUUAAAGUCAUUUACCUGUCCUAUAAAGAAAGCAACUAAUAUGUAGUGUGUAGUGAUACUUGUACAUUAUUGUUACUAGAAAUAAAA